AUGUGUGCAUUAAAUUUGAAAUCUAGCUAUUGGAAAGUUGAUCAUACUGAUAAUGGCAACUACAUUCACUCUAUUCCUACUAACACAUCAAUGUCGAUGGAUGGUAAUACUAUUGCUGUAAGUUCCAAUUAUAUUACAGAAGGCCUGAAGGUUUAUGAAUUGUCAGGAAAUUCUUUAAUACAUCUGGCGUCCAUUACGUUACCUGACAUUCACACACUCAAGUUUUUAAGACCAAUCAAAAACGCACCGAAAGAAUUCAAAUAUCUUCUCUCUGGUCAUUCAAAUGGAAUUGUUCAUUUAUCGGCAAUACCACUAGUAGAAAAUACUGUUUUUGAGAAUGCUGAGAUUAUUAAGCGAUUCAACCAUAAGAAACACCUGGAUCAAUCUUUCCAAUUUGGAAGAACUAAUCCAAUUUUAAAUAAUGGAAAAGUUUCAACCACUAUCAGUACAAUCGAAUUAACCAACUCUGCUUGGACAUCUGCUCCUCUCAACUCGAUGGUCACUGCUUACGACUACAAUUUAUUUUACUGGGAUACCGCAAGAUCAAGAGCGCCACUUUCAAUAGUCCAUAAGAACGGACUGUCGAAUGUUUCUAUAAAUAAAUGCGUAGAUUCUUUGUCUGCUGUUGUUGGUAGUUUUGGACUGUCACUGUUCGAUUUUAGAGCUGAUGAUAGGUCGGGAUUCUCAGAUAUCUACGUUUCUAAAUCAUCUAUGCAAAAGUCAGAUGGGGUUUUGGAUGGCUUCACAAAUGCAAUAUGGUGUGACUCCAAUCCAAACUAUAUAGCUACAAACCACGAGCUUGAUAACACUGUUUAUAUCUGGGACAUUAGAAAGCACCAACCAGUUUCAAAAUUGACAGGAUUUACAGAUUCAAUAGUCAAGAUGAGCUGGAAAAAAGAGGAUCAUCUAUGGACAGCAGACAAAGAUGGAUGCAUAACCAAAUGGGAUAUUGGUCGGGUUGAUGAUAUUGCCGAUACAAAACUAACCAUGCGUUCUAACCAUCAAUUGAAGGGCUUUUGGAAUAGUGAGGUAAACGAUAAGGAUAUUGGAAUGACUAAAAUAAAGGCCGGAAUUAGUGCCAAGAUCUCCGAAUCCAAAAUUAUUUCCAUGGAGUUUCCAUCUACUCACCCGGGGAGCAUUCUAUGUCUAGAUGGUACACACCUCAGUUUCCAUGAUAACGCAAAGCCAUUUAAACCAAGGAAUGUUCCUGAAUUAUACAGCUGCGCACAAUUUGUCACCCCUCCGUUACCUUGUAAGCCCGAACUUAAUCAUAGGAUUAGUUCAUACGCCAGCAAAAGUUCUAUUGGUACAUUUGCACAUACGGUGUCCGGUGAUUCAUUCAAUAUCUUUGAUAGAUACUCUUACUCAAACCAGUCAGCAGGUAUCCCAAUUACCCCGAAUUCUCAAGUUUCUUUUCCCCGAAAUUCAUGUGAAUCAUUCGCCAUUGCUCAAAAGGAUAGAAUUGAAAUAAACGGUACAAAUGGGAGGAAUAACCGAUAA